CGUUGUUUUGGUACUAAUCUUUUAAAAAGCGAAGCUUGGGGUUUGAUCGCGAUGCUCGAUCGCUCCUUGCUGCCAUUCUUCUCCUUCUCACGACGAUCUCCGCUCCUUUGAAUCCCUUCAAGCCUUUCUCUUCAUCUUCAUCUUCAUCUUCAUCGCUGAAAUGGCUGAUGAGUGUUGCUCUCUCCAACUGAUCGACGGAGAUGGUGGAUUUAAUAAAUCUGGCCUUGCCGAGUUUGUGAAGGCAGUAAGAUUAGCUGAAUGUGGACUAUCAUAUGCUGUAGUGUCUAUCAUGGGUCCACAAAGUAGUGGAAAAAGCACCCUUUUAAAUAAUCUAUUUCGUACCAACUUUAGAGAGAUGGACGCUUUCAAGGGCAGGUCUCAAACUACGAAAGGCAUCUGGAUGGCGAAAUGCAAUGAAAUUGACCCUUGUACUAUUGUUAUGGAUUUAGAGGGUACUGAUGGAAGAGAGAGAGGAGAGGAUGAUACUGCGUUUGAGAAACAGAGUGCCCUUUUUGCCCUAGCAGUUUCAGAUAUAGUGCUGAUUAAUAUGUGGUGUCAUGAUAUUGGCCGAGAACAGGCUGCAAACAAGCCUCUUCUGAAGACAGUGUUCCAGGUUAUGAUGCGACUGUUUAGCCCCCGUAAAACGACUCUAUUGUUUGUAAUCCGGGAUAAAACAAGGACACCUCUUGAAAAUUUGGAACCUGUUUUGAGGGAAGAUAUUCAGAAGAUAUGGGAUUCAGUCCCUAAACCACAACUACAUACGGAAACUCCAUUGAGUGAAUUUUUUAAUGUAGAUGUUGUUGCUCUUUCUAGUUACGAAGAGAAAGAAGAGCAAUUUAAAGAGCAGGUGGCAAGUUUAAGGCAAAGAUUUUUUCAUUCUAUUGCUCCCGGAGGACUUGCUGGAGAUCGUCGGGGCGUUGUUGCUGCUUCAGCAUUUGCUCUCAGUGCUGAAGAAAUUUGGAAGGUUAUAAAGGAGAAUAAGGAUCUUGACCUCCCUGCUCACAAGGUUAUGGUAGCCACUGUACGUUGUGAGGAAAUUGCCAAUGAAAAAUUUGUUUGUCUAUCUGCUGAUGAGGAAUGGCAACAACUUGCAGAGGCAGUAGAAAAUGGCAUAGUACCAGGAUUUGGGAAGAAGCUUAGCUCAAUUCUGGAAAAAUGUUUAUCUGGGUAUGAUAUGGAAGUUAUUUAUUUUGAUGAAGGUGUAAGGAAUGCAAAGAGGCAGCAGCUUGAAUCAAAACUAUUGCAGCUGGUACAUCCUGCUUACCAAUCAAUGCUGGGGCAUUUACGGUCUAAAACUCUGGAUGACUUCAAAGAAGCUUUAGAUAAGGCUUUGGAAAGUGGUGAAGGAUUUGCUGUUGCUGCGUGUGAUCACACUGAGUUAUUUAUGUCAAAAUUUGAUGAAGGCUGUGAAGAUGCUGUUGUUGAACAAGCAAAAUGGGACCCCACCAAGAUUCGGGACAAGCUUCAACGUGACAUUGAUGCACAUGUAGCCUCAGUUCGUGCUGCUAAACUGUCUGAGCUCAGUGCACAGUUCGAGGGACAACUUAGUAAAGCACUUGCAGAACCUGUGGAAGCUCUCCUAGAUGCAGCUAGUGAUGAUACCUGGCCAGCCAUUAGAAGACUUCUUCAGAAAGAAACUAAGUCAGCUAUCUCUGGAUUUGCUUCUGCCCUUGCUGCAUUUGAGCUAGACCAGGUAACAGUUGAAAAAAUGCUUGCAAAACUGGAGGAAUAUGCUAAAAAUGUCGUUGAAUCUAAGUCAAGAGAAGAAGCUGGAAGGGCCUUGAUCCGCAUGAAGGACAGGUUCUCUACGUUGUUCAGCCGUGAUUCUGACUCCAUGCCUAGAUUAUGGACAGGGAAGGAAGACAUAAGAGCAAUCACAAAGACUGCUCGCGCUGCUUCUUUGAAGCUGAUGUCUGUGAUGGCUGCAAUCCGUCUGGAUGAUGAUAAAGAUAACAUCGAGAAAACUCUUUCACUUGCUCUGGCUGAUAAUCCUAAUCCUAAUGCUACAAAUAGAAGUAUACAAUCAUUUGAUCCACUGGCAUCAAGCUCCUGGGAGGAGGUUUCCCCAAAGAAAACCUUGAUUACACCUGUUCAGUGCAAGUCUUUAUGGAGGCAGUUCAAAGCUGAAACUGAGUACACAGUCACCCAGGCUAUUGCUGCUCAGGAAGCUAAUAAGAGAAACAACAACUGGCUACCCCCGCCAUGGGCAAUCCUUGCCAUUGUUAUCUUGGGAUUCAAUGAGUUUAUGACUCUUUUGAGGAACCCUUUUUACUUUGCUAUUAUAUUUGUCGCCUUCCUAGUGGGCAAAGCUCUCUGGAUUCAACUUGACAUUCCUGGUGAAUUUCGGAAUGGAGCUCUCCCCGGGAUCCUUGCCCUGUCAACAAAGUUCCUUCCCACAGUAAUGAACCUUCUCAAGAAGUUAGCUGACGAAGGCCAGCGUCCUGCAGCCCCAGAACCACACCGGAAUCCCGAACUUGCUGCCAAAAGUUUCAGAAACGGCGUUCAUAAUUCUACAACAUCCGAUGCCUCAUCAAACAUCACUUCAUCGGAAAACGAAUCCGAGCAAUCGAGCCCAUUGAGGCAGUAUAAACCCUAAAUGAGUAGAAGCAGUUAGACAGACAAAUCUCCGUCCUCACAUCUCUCAUAGCUCCAUUGUUGUGGCCAUGGUUUUUUUAAUUGUAGCCAAUUCUAGUGAUUCAGAAAUUUACUGAGAUGCCCCUCUAUGCGUGCCUACUUACUGUUGCAGCUGAAGGUUUAUGUACCUAAAAUAAUCAAACAUUGUUGUAUACGCUGCGUGCUGGUUUGUGGAGUAAACAAAGUUGCAUUUUUGAAAGCCUUUUCUGGGGGAUCAUCAAAUUUAGAAGGAAAUCAUCCCCAUAAUUUUUUUUUUUUUUUUACAAUUAAGAUUUAAUUUGCCCAUCUUUUCUUUUUCAAACAUUGUAAACUGUGGGACAAUUAGUUGUGUAAAAAUGCUUGGUUUUGUAUUGUGUUUCUUUUGGAUUGAAGGCAUGUUCUUGUAAUAGUUUGAAGACUUAAAUUGUUUUCUUCAAUGUAUUUCGGAUUUAUUUAA